AGCAGCACCUCUGACGUGCCGCUAAUCUACUGCAACAACACAGAAGGAGAAGAAGAAGGUUCAGCUAGGCAUCAUCAUGCCUGCAGCUGUGAUUAUGGAGGAAAAUUUUGAUAAACUACUGGAGCAGUGUGAAGCUCAAGAGCUCGAGGCUCCAGGGGGCAUUGCAACACCUCAAGUCUACACUCAGUUGCUGGCGCUCUAUUUACUACAUAAUGAUAUGAAUAACGCCAGGUAUCUAUGGAAGCGGAUUCCCCAAGCAAUAAAAACGGCAAACCCUGAAUUAACAGCUGUUUGGGCUGUUGGCCAGCGUAUUUGGCAGCGCGACUUUCCAGGGAUCUACACAGCCAUCGCAGCACAUCAGUGGACAGAGAAUAUCCUUCCGGUCAUGGAGGCCCUUCGAGAGAGCACAAGACAAAGGGCGUACGCGCUAGUGGCCCAGGCAUAUACCUCCAUCGCAGCAGAAGAUUUUGCCGCCUUUGUGGGCUACUCUGUGGAAGAAGCAGUAAAGGGUGUGGUGAGUCAAGGCUGGCAGGCGGACCCUGCCACCAGGAUGGUGAUGCCCAAAAAGCCAGAUCCUCCCCCCGUUUCAUUGGUUCCAAAUGAGCAGCAGUUGGCCAGACUCACUGACUACGUGGCUUUCCUCGAGAACUGAUAACCCACCACAACCACUGCCACCCUUUUUCGCCUGCUUGGUACAGAGGGAGAACACAAGUUUGCAUAGACUCUUCCUCCUUCCUACAGCUUGCAAAGUCCCGCUCCCUGAUAAAAGAUGUACCAAAAACACACCCAUCAUCGUGUAGGAUUGUUGCAAGCUCUUCUCCAUGACCUGCCUAUUUAUGUUCAGUGAAUAAUAUAGCAUCUUGACAAUUGGCUACAAUGUUGUAUUAUUUUAUUUUUUUGCUCUCCUGUUCUUUGCAACCCCGCCUGAUGCAGAAAUUCUGAUCUGAUUUUCAAAGGAAGUAUUACAGGAAGUCAUUCUUAUCACUGUCGAUAUGUUUUAAUUGCCAACAUAACAAACAGAACAGAAAUACAAAAAGCAGUAUGUACAGAAUGUCCGUUCUGUCGUAGCACUUAAAGGUUUCCUUGAAAGAAAUUUUUGUCAGGUAACAGAAGUCUUGGCAUGCAUGCAUCACUGUGUGGAGUAGAGCUGCAACUAAGGAUUAUUAUCUGAUUAUUUUCUCGAUUAAUCGCUUAGUCUACAAAAUGUUAAAAAUUUCUCAGUGAUGCCUUCAAUUUGCUUGUUUUGUCUGACUUUAAUGUUAAGAUAUUCAAUUUACUGUCACACAUGACAGGGACAAACAGCAAGUCAUCACAUUCGGGAAGCUGGAACCAUCAGAUGUUUGGCAUUUUUUUCUGGAAAAAUGACUUAAGCGAUGAAUCAACUACUCUUGCAGCUCUGGUAUGGAGUUCAGUACUCAGACCUCGUAUUUGAAGUUUAUGUUUUGACUGGUGAAUAAAUAUUUUGCUGUUUCUAA